CGCGAGAGGUGAGGCUGAAGCUGCCUCCGCCAUCUUGGAGAUGGGAGCAGACGGGCGAUGGCUGUGGUCCUGCUAAUGCAAACAAUACAGGCGCACUAAAAGCGCCCUAGAGUGAGCCGGACCUUCUCCGCUCCGCUCUGUCAGCGCUAAAGAGGGGAACGAAGUGUCUAAGUCAGGUGUGCGGUGGUGGCGGCAGCAGCUGCUCCUGCCCGCCCCUACGGCCCCAAGCCGGAAGGAUGGUGCAGUCCUGCUCCGCCUAUGGCUGCAGGAACCGCUACGACAAGGAUAAACCCGUUUCCUUUCACAAGUUUCCUCUUACACGACCUGAUCUUUGUAAAAAAUGGGAAGCUGCAGUCAGAAGAAAAAACUUUAAACCCAGCAAAUACAGCAGUAUUUGUUCAGAACACUUUACUCCUGACUGCUUUAAGAGAGAGUGUAACAAUAAGCUACUGAAGGAGAAUGCUGUACCCACGAUAUUUUGUUUUACGGAACCACAUGACAAGAAUGAGGACCUUCUGGAGCAACAAGAACAGCUCCCGCCCCCUCCUCUAACGCCUCCAGUUUCCCAAGUUGAUGCUGCUCUUGGAUUAUUGAUGCCACCUCUUCACACCCCUAAUAACCUUGCAGUUUUCUGUGACCACAAUUAUACUGUAGAAGAUACAGUGCAUCAAAGGAAAAGGAUUCAGCAGCUUGAAGAACAAGUGGAAAAACUUAGAAAGAAGCUCAAGACUGCACAGCAGCGAUGCAGAAGACAAGAGCGGCAGCUUGAAAAGCUUAAGGAGGUUGUUCAGUUUCAGAAAGAAAAGGAUGCAUUGUCUGGAAGGGGCUAUGUAAUUCUGCCCAAUGACUACUAUGAAAUAGUAGAAGUUCCGGCAUGAAAACAUCCAUACACAUUGAUGGGUCAGGAUUAUAAGGCCUCAUCAGAAGAACAGGAGAUUCAUUUGAAAAGUUAACUAUUUUUAGUUCCUUAUGUAAAAGCACUUCAGGACUUUAAAACAAUAAAAUUGAUAUGUAAUGUUAAAAUGUAAAUUUUUUUGUCCAUAGUAAUUUUAGUUUUUUUACAAUUUGACAAAUUUUAAAAUUUACAGACUAACCUCAGAGUUGACAUAAGUUUUAAUACCUGUUUUAAGAUAGAGGAUUUGGUUUUUUCUAUUUUCAAUAUUUAUAGAAAUAGUGUAAAAUCUGAAGAGAAAAAAAUUCAUGCAGCAAAAAUUAUGUGUCUAAAAUGAAAAAUUAUUGCAAUAUGUUGGUUGAAAGAAUUAGUGAUGAUUUAUAUAGAAAAAGUAUGGGUCAAAUCAUGGAACAUACCUUGCCAGCAUAAAUUGACCAUAUUUUAAAAUUAGAGAGUUUAUUCAUCAUUCUGCAUCAGUUGCCAGGCUGUUUUUGUAUAAAAGGUUUAAUUGUCUCUGGGAAGAAAAAUAUUAAAAUGUCGAAUUUGACAGUUAAUUUUGUUUUCCAUUCUCUGCAUACUUUUGCAUAAUUUUUUUUCAUUUUAAUGAUUCAAGAAUUUUUCAAGAUUGAUAAUAUUCUAACUCUCUUUACCAUAAAAUGAAUUUUUUUAAGGAUUCUAUUUCUCCAUUCCUUUACCCCAUUCCUGUUAUAACACAUUUCUGUAAGGGAAAAAACCAACCUUUUAGGAAACUUAAAAUUUUUUGGCAAGGAAGGGGUAAAAAUGGUAACUAGAUCCAUAGCAUAAUCUUAGAUCAUUUCUCCUCAUCCUUUUUUAGGCUGAUUUUUAUAAUGUGUUAAUAGUGCUAAUCAGUAAUAUCAUGUUUCAGGAAGUAGUUCAUCUUUAUAGACUGUAAUUUAAAAUUCCCUUAAGUUCCUUUCAAACAGGAAAAAAAGUUUUUCAAAUUCCCUACUUUAUUGUAAAAAAGUAGAAUUAUAAUAGCCCACUUUUUUAUCUAGCACUUAAUUUUCUUGGUAUAAGUGCUAAAUUCUUCAUGUUGAGUCUUCUAAAAAUGAGGGGAAAUAGAUUAAAAGGUAAUCUGAUAAUCUUCAUUCACUUUUUUUAAUUAAAUGUUAUUAGAUUCUUAGUAGAACUUUUAAGAACUAAAAUUUGACUUAGAUUUGUCCAUAAAGAAGACUGGUGAAAUAAGACAAGGGUCAUUUCAUGAAAUAAAGUGGAGCUGCAUUCCUGGGCAGCCAGACCAUCAGCAAGUGUUUAUUAAGUACCUCCUGUGUGCCUAGCAUUGUGCUGGUGAUUUAAAAACAAAAAUGAAAUCCCUAUUCUCAAGGAACUUACCUUUUAUUUGGGAAAGAUUUGUAUAUGUUUAAGCAUUUAAGAGAUGUUAUGCAGUAAAAAAUUUGAGAGUCCUUCUUCAGCUUUACUGUCCUUUUCCAGGACUACCCAUCUCCUUAACAGGUAUAUUGUAGUGAUACUUUCUAGCAUUUUAUCUUGCUAUUAGAGCUAGAGCUGGACUGGAUAGGGGUUAGAGCUGUUACUUCAUUAGUAUAGGGAAUUUGGAAGUUGAAGAAACUACCCAUGCACUUUGGCAUUUUGCCUAUAACUUAAAGUUUUAAUUGCCUAGAAUACUGAGAAGUUAAAUGAUUUAAUCCAGAAUCACACAGCUAGACCAACUCUAUGCACUUUGUUAUACUGCCCAGUUAAAAUAUGGAAAUUAGAAGUUCUAAAUGACUUAAACAGGUCUAGUCUUUUGGACUUGGAUUCAUGAUGGUUUAAUUUUUCUAAUGAAUCAUCAAAAAAUUAGAAGUGUUAAAAAUUAAUUGUUUAAACGACAUUCAUUCUUUUCUGGUAGUUAUUAUUACUUUUGAAUUGAAAUUAGGAAACUAUCUCUAGCAAUGCUUGGACCUUAGGCUAUUAAGUAAAAACCAUUGCUAAGCAUUAAUUUGUUUCAUGUGUUUCCCCUCCAUACUUGUUAAAGAAUUUGGAUGGUAAAUGAUUUACUCUUAAUUUCUUUACAUCAUCAACUUGAGAUUGUGUCUAUGCAAAAAUCUAUCACUGUUUUCAGUCAGUAUUUUCUCUCAAACUUCACUUUAAAUUAGGACUAAGGAUUCAAUUUAAUAGAGAGAUAAAAACCAUACUGACAUGACAUUUUUAACUCUCUUGCCUUACCAGAUAUAAGUUCCAAUUGAAAGAGAACUGAACUAUUAACAUUUAUUUAUCUUUAAAAUCUAUUAGUGUUUUAUUGCAGGAAUUCUUAAUUUUCCAUCCCCUACUCCCUACCCCCUUUCUUUUUUAUGUGUAAUGGACUCCUUUGGUAGUCUGGUGAAGCCUAUUGGCUCCUCAGAAUAAUGUUUCUAAAUGUAUGAAAUAAAAUACAAAGGAUCACAGAAGAAACCAAUUAUGUUGACAUACAGUUAUAAAAACAUUUUCUAGCCAAACAAGUUCAUGGAACCCUGGUUGAUCUUUGAUUUAUAGGAUGAAUUUGGAGUUCAUCUGAUUGUUUCUGAUUUGAGAUAGCUAUUAAAAUGCAAAUUGCUGAUAUAAACUUUGUUAUGUUGAUGUCAAAGAAGAAUAGGACUGAAAAAUCAGUCAGAAAAAGUUUUUGUAAAAGCACCAUACAGUAAAACUUCAUUAAUUUGGACAAUUUGAGGAGACCAAUAUGAAUUGCAAAAUAUCUUAAAAACAGAUGCAGUCACUCAUGGUAGUAGUAUAUCCUUGUAAUCCCUUCUAGUAGAGGAGACUGAUUCAGGGGGAUCAUUUGACUCUGAGAGUUAAAAACAGCAGUAAGGCUAAAGUCAAUCAGGUUUCCACAGUAAGUCCAGUGCCAGUAUUGGGAGAGACUGGGGUUACCAGACUGUGCAGGGCCAGAUCAAGAAUGAGUGAAAGUUCUCGUAUUGCUUAAUAAAUGGAUCAACUUGUCAAUGGAUACUACUCUUCCAACUGGACUAGAUGGAAGACUCAGACUCAAGAAAUGUGUUAAAAUUUUUAAGUACGCACUAUUUCUAUUAUGUUCUGUGGGUCCUUUAUCUUAGAAAUGACCUACUAGAUCUGUUUCAUUGAAUAUAUAAUUGAUUUGUAAGUAUCACUAUCGUUUACAGGUAAGCAAUUUAAUAAAAUUCUUAACAGUUCAUUUGAGUUAAAUUUGCCCUUUAUAAUCUUAUAUAACAUUUGCUGAUAGAGUCUUUUAUAUUUUAACGCAUAGCUCAAAUAAACAUCUUCCAGAUUAGUCCAAAUCAAGGAGGUUUUACUGUAAUCCAAUUUAGAAAAAGUAUUUUAGCUGUUUACUUACUGAAUUCAUGUUAUAUGUACUAAAAAUUAGCUCCCUUUCUCCUUACAAUAGGGAAGCAUGAUGUUUACAAAUUGUCAGCUGAUUGGCCAAUUCCUUUUAUUCGAAAAAAAGAAGGAAAUAGUUUUGUUUAUAUUUUGUUAAAAAAAAAAAAAAAAAAAAAAAAACCUUUAACAAGACAAAUGUGUGAUUCCUUCCCCUGUGGUGUCAUGCAGUGAUGGUGAAGCUAGAUUGAGAUUUGCUCAAAUUCUGGGAAUAUUUAUUAUAUUUUAAAAACAGCAAUUCCUCAAGCUCCCGAAAAUUUACUUUGCCAUCAUUCUCAUUUUAACAUAAAUCACAUUAAAAAGUGAUUUACUUAAAAAUAAAUAAGGCAUUCCAGAAUUUUUAAAUGAAAGAUGUCACCAAUAGAUAACAUUAGCAUCUAUAAAGGCAAGACCCACAGACAGAUAUGUACCUGCAUUGCUGCCCAUCCAGCUUUUUCUAGAGGCCUUGUAAAAAUAAACAGACCUUGAAGAGUCCUGCUUUUGGUUUAACCAUAUUAUUCCAGGUCAGUAUUAUGUAUAGUGCUAUGUUUAAAUAUUUUAAAAUGUUCAUGUGACAAUAAAUAUGCCAAAGAACUUGCACAAUGGUUUAAGAAGUGAAGAUGGACUAUACAAAAAGCAAAAAUAGUUGCACUUAAGUAAUAAAUGUCCUUUUCUAAGAUGUGUGGGAUUUAAUUGAAAAGAUUUUUUUCAUGUGAAGGAAUCUUAUAAAUAUUUUUAAAGUUAUAACCACCUGCUGACAAUCUUAAUUUUAUUAAUUCUACUGUCUUGAAAUUUUAUACUUCUUGUCUUAGUUCUUAAGCCAAGGUUUCAUAAUUAAUAAACACUGUUAGAGUUGUGUCAGGAUUAGUGGUAUUCAAUGAAUAAAAGUGUUUUAGGUGAUAAAAUAGAUUGUUGCUGACAAAUUUCAGACUUGAUACUUACAUUGUUUUCAAGAACAAAAUUUCACCAAAUGAAAUACUUGCUUAUGCUCAAAACUACUUUAAUAGCAAAUUAAAUAUUUUAAUAAAAAAGUUUUAAAAUGUUUGGCUACAAGCA